UAAUUAUGCAACACAUUUCCAUUUGUUCCGAUAGCUUUCUCCCUCAGGACACUUCAAAACUGUCCAUACGCUCAUCUCAAUUUUACUGGAUGGCUGCUCUCUCCGGAAUCCGAAGUCAUAAUUUGCCUGUUUUCAAAAUAUUAACAACCGAGGCACUGAUCAUCCUGCAACACGACCAAAGGGCUACUCCUGUUCAACUCUUGCGACCCAUUUCCAUCUGUUCCAAUAGCUUUCUCCCUCCUGAACACUUCAAAACUGUCGAUACGCUCAUCUCAAUUUUCACAAAGCAUUCCAUCAUUUCGGACAAUCAACCAAUCCUUAACUUAGGAUCAAAACUCACUCCUAAGAUCGUUGAAUCUGUUCUAAGAAGCCUCAAGAGUUGGAGGGCUUCCCGAACUUUUUUCAACUGGGCUUCGAACCAAUCUGGAUACAACCACAAUCCAUACACCUUCAACGCCAUGGCUGAAAUCCUUUCACGUGCUCGACAAAUUGACUCACUGAGAAUCUUGUCCACCGAGUUAGUAAAUUCCGGAUGUUAUAUGAGUCCUGGGGCAUUAGGUUUCUUUUUGAGGUGUUUGGGUAGUCAAGGGCUGGUUGAGGAGGCUAUUACGUUGUUUGAUCAGUUAAAAAGUUUGGGCCUUUGCAUCCCGAAUAUGUAUACUUAUAGCUGCUUGUUAGAGGUCAUUUCUAACUCCAGUAAUGUUUUAAUGAUGGAGAUGAAGUUGAUUGAGAUGAGCAAUCAGGGAUGGGCGUUGGACAAAUAUGCAUUAAUCCUUGUCUUGCGUUGUUACUGCAAUGCAGGGAGGUUUGGAAAUGCUUUGAGCAUUUUCAACCAGAUGCAGGAGAAGGGAUGGAUGGAUGCCCAUGUGGCAUGUAUCUUGAUGGUUUCGUUUACCCAGUGUGGGGAGGUGGGCAAGGCAUCUGAGUUGUUUCAGAGGAUGGAGAAACUCAAUAUAAACAUGGGUGAGAAGACAUUUUGUGCAUUGAUUCACGGUUUUGUGAAGGCGGGCAACAUGGAGAAGGCACUGCUACUAUUGGAUAAAAUGAGGAGACGGGGUUUUUCACCAGGUGUUUCUAUCUAUGGUGCCUUGAUGGGAGGACUAUGCAGGAAUAAAGAUACUGAUAGAGCUUUACAGUUAUUUAGAGAGAUGAACAAAUCUGGUCUCAACUGGGAUGUUAAGUUUCUUUCUGAGCUAAUGUCUUCUCUGGCUAACGAGAGUGAGAUGACUUGGUUACUAGGGAAGACAUGGACUUUGAAUAUGGAUUUGAAAGAAAAGAACCUGCUUUACAAUUCAUUUCUGAAAAGUCUAAUAAAUAAAGGUUUAACUGAUAAAGCUCAUCAUCUACUCCGAGCAGCAGCAGGUAUGGAAUAUGACAGUAGUUUUACUGAUGAAAAUAAACUUUUCUUUUUGAAGAAAUUUGUUCACCCAAAAACCUCAUCUUUUGAAAUUGUCAUAGAUGGUUUGUGCAAGUCUGGUAAAUUAGAAACCGCUCUUUCCCUCUUGCAUGAUAUGGAUCUAAUUGGUUUCACGUGCAGUGUGCUUCUGUACAAUACCCUAAUUGACUGUCUAAGUGGCUUUGACCGGUUGGAUGAAUGCCACAGGCUUCUGAUUAAAAUGAAUGAGGCGGGGCUCAACCCAACUCAUUUCACGUACAAUUCCAUUUUUAGAAGCUUGUGUAGGCAAGGAGAUGUUGAUCGGGCUCUUUGUUUGGUUAGGGAAAUCCGUGUGAAUGGUCACGAGCCUUGGAUAAAGAACUACACGUUGCUUAUCAAGACACUUUGCCAAGAUGGAAAAGCACUCAUGGCGCGUGAUUUCCUUGCUGAAAUGGUGAAAGAAGGCUUCCCCCCUGAUGUGGUUGCUUACUCAUCAGCCAUAGAUGGCCUUCUUAAAAUUCAGCAACUGGAUGAUGCUGUGGAGCUUUUCAGAGAGAUCUGUGGACGUGGUUAUUACCCUGACGUGGUUGCUCAUAACGUAAUACUGAAGGGUUUGUGCAAAGCUGGAAGAUUAAUGGAAGGUCAAGAUCUUUUUAAUGAGAUGCUAAGUAAGGGGCUUGUUCCAUCUACUGUUACUUACAACUUACUCAUUAAUGGAUGGUGCAAAAAUGGAUCUAUUGAUCAAGCUGUCCUAAUUUAUUCAAGGAUGCUUGACAAUCAACAGGAACCGAAUGUUAUCACUUACACUACUUUAAUAGAUGGAUUGUGCCAUGCCGGAAAACCAUAUGAAGCUGUGAAUCUUUUGUUUGAAAUGGAGAGCAGAAGGUGCUUCCCGAGCAGAAUUACCUUCAUGGCUUUGAUCAAUGGGCUUUGCAAGUGCAGCAAGCCAGAUGAUGGCCUGGUUUAUUUGCAAGAAAUGGAAAAGAAGGAUCUGGAACCUGAUGUCUUCAUCUACGUAGUGCUGAUUAAUGCUUUUAUAUCUGCAUCCAAUCCCGACACGGGCUAUGCCUUAUUAAGGAGGGUGGUCCAGAAGGGAAAUUGGUCAGAUUUACGUGACAACAAGCACCAUCUAAUUCUUAAAGAUGCAAUACUAAACAUGUCCAUGGAUCCAAGAACUUCAUCUGAGGUCAAAGUUUUAAUUCAAGAUGGUUGCAUCCCUCAGCAUCUCAUUAUUUCAGAAAUUGGCCAACCAGAGACGUGACACCAGUGGAAGUGUUAAUGCGUGUCUGGUAAUUGUUAUUUGGCUGAAAAUGUUGAAACUGUUCAUAUUUUCUUUUCUCAUUUUUUAAAUAAAUACUGUUAUGUAAUAUAUACCUCAGCUAAAUUAGUUAGUAAUUAAAACCCAAAAUUAAUAUGAAAAAAUGGCACCCGUAUCU